GUUAUAAGCCUCUGAGAACAAGCGCCUGAGAAGAGAACUGUUAACCCCAUUCUCUCGGGCAGAAGGAGCUCUUUCCCUGUGGGUCUGCACAGCCUGGAAAGCUCAUCACGCCCUCGCCUCGGAGUAAGAGGCUAGCCCGCUGGAGAACUGCAGGAAUCUGCAACAAAAACGAUGACAGCCUGAAAUACGUCCCAGGGCCAACCUCCAAAUUCAUCUGUCACCUCAGACCCUGACUAGUUGACAGAGCAGCAGAAUUUCAACUCCAAUAGACCUGAAUGUGUUUCUGGGCAAAGAAGCAGAGCUAACGAGGAAAGAGAUAUAUAGAGUAUUGGGUAUUUGUCAAACUUUUAUUUUCUAGCUGUGUGCAAAGAGAAGAUUCAACUUCAAAUUCCUGCCAAGGCUCUGGGUCCAGCCACCUACCUGAAGGGCUAGAAAGAUGAAGACUCUGCUUUUUUUCCUGUACAUUUUGGGAACGGCAGCUGCAGUCCCGACACAAGCCAGGUUCCCAUCUGGUCAUUCCAACCCAACUGCUGCUUCCUUAAGUUCCUUCCAGCAGGCUGAAACGUUGGUAACAGCGGAGCAGACUGCAACCCCCACUGGAAGGGUUGAAGAUGCAGAAAAUGAAAAGGAACCAGCAGUGUCCCUAGAAGAGCAUCCCCAUCAUAAGGCUGAAAAAUCUUCAGUACUAAAGUCAAAGGAGGAAGACCAUGAAGAGUCAGCAGACCAGGACCAGAGUUACAGCCAAAACCUGGGAUCACAGGAGCAAGAGAAAAGUGAAAGAGACUUAAUUGAGAACUCCGAGUAUAUGCCAACUGAAGGUACAUUGGACCUAAAAGAAGAUAUGACUGAACCUCAAAAGGAAAAAUUCCCAGAGAACAUUGAUUCCCUUGGUCAUGAUGACAGUUCCAUUGUAGAUUCUAACCAACGAGAAAGUAUCACAAAAGCAGAGGAAAACCAAGACUCACAUCCUCAGUUGAACAGGAGCAGUAAACAUAGCCCAGAUCUACGUGACCAAGGAAACCAAGAGCAGGAUCCAGAUAUUCCAACUGGAAAAGAGGAAGGGGAAAAAGAGCCACAUGAAGUCGAUACCCUCAAUGACAACCAAGAAGAGGAGAGAGAAGUGCUCCAGGAGCAGUCUAACAGCAAGCAGGAAGAAGACAGUACCCGAUCAGAUGACAUCUUGGAAGAGUCUUACCAGCCAACUCAAGCAAGCACAAUGCAGAAAGAUGAAUUUGAGCAGGGUAAUCAAGGACGAGAAGAGGAAAAUGCCAAUGCAGAAACGGAAGAGGAAACUGCCUCAAAAAUCACUAAGCCCAAUCAAGAAAGAGAAUGGCAGAGCCCAGAAGGAAAGCCUGGCCUUGAAGUUAUCAGCAACCAUGAGGAGAUGGAUGAAAAGACCCUUUCUAAGCCUUUGCUGGUGGCGCCUACUGAUGAUGAUAACAUCAUGCCCAGAAAUCACGGGGCCGAUGGUGACGGCGAUGGUGAUGAUGAACACAACGCAAGUGAGGCCUCCUUCAACCCAAGUGAGGCUUUUCUGGAGCGUGAAAGAGCUCCAUCCAGUUACUACCACAUCAAAUAUGAGGAGCAAAGAGAAAAAGCACAUGAGAGUGAGAAUGUAGAUACCAGCGAAGCUGCAGAAAACCAAGGGGCCAAGAAAGCAGAGGGCUCACCAAAUGAAGAUGACAAUUCAACUGAAGGCACCACGAGGGUGCACAGUGUUGAUUCUUGCAUGAGCUUCCAGUGUAAAAGAGGACACAUCUGCAAGGCUGAUCAACAGGGAAAACCCCACUGUGUUUGCCAAGACACAGUGACAUGUCCUCCUACAAAACUCCUUGACCAAGUUUGUGGCACUGACAAUCAGACCUAUGCCAGCUCCUGUCAUCUCUUUGCUACCAAGUGCAGACUGGAGGGGACGAAAAAGGGGCACCAACUGCAGCUGGAUUACUUUGGAGCCUGCAAAUCUAUUCCUGCUUGUACGGACUUUGAAGUGACCCAGUUUCCUCUAAGGAUGAGAGACUGGCUCAAGAAUAUCCUCAUGCAGCUUUAUGAGCCUAACCCUGAACAUGCUGGAUAUCUAAAUGAGAAGCAGAGAAAUAAAGUCAAGAAAAUUUACCUGGAUGAAAAGAGACUCUUGGCUGGGGACCAUUCCAUCGACCUUCUCUUAAGGGACUUUAAGAAAAACUACCACAUGUAUGUGUAUCCCGUGCACUGGCAGUUUAGUGAGCUUGACCAACAUCCGCGGGACAGAGUCCUGACCCACUCUGAGCUCGCUCCUUUGCGAGCAUCGCUGGUGCCCAUGGAACACUGCAUAACACGCUUCUUUGGAGAGUGUGACCCCAACAAGGAUAAGCACAUCACCCUGAAGGAGUGGGGCCGCUGCUUUGAAAUUAAAGAAGAAGACAUAGAUGAAAAUCUCCUGUUUUGAAUUAAGAUUUGAAAGAACUCAAACUUUUCUGCAUCCUCCUGUUUUGAUCACUUCUCAAGCAUAUGCAACGUGAUACUUAUAGAUUUAUAUUUAGCAAAAUGCUUGCAUGUCUAAGAAGACAAUGAGAGUAACUGCUUGAUAACAGUAUGUACACCAGGCAUUUAACAUUAACUUUGGAAAUAAAACGUUUAAAUUAAGUAAAGUCAGUAUUUGCAAAAUAUUAUACACUGUGAACAGUUUAACUCUUCACUCCCUGCACCCAUUCACAAAAUACUUAGAUUAUAACACUCAAAAAAAAAAACAUUCAUUUUGUCCAUAAUAUCAUGUGCACUUCAAAAAAGUGAAAUAAUGUUCCUUGUUGCUGAUGUGUUUUCAAUAUCUUAAUAUUCUAAUAAAAUCUAUAAAAAUCUAAA